GGACAUGAGGCCUCGUAGAUUCAGGCAGACGGAAAUAGCUCCGGACAACGGUCAUAAAGACCAUUUAGAACCCUAAAAGCUUUCCACUUCCAAUCUUCCAUGAUCUUCCCAAAAUUGCAGUGGAUUUCUGUCUAAAACGAGAACAAUGAAGCAUUGGAAGAUGCAAUCACGAAGUCUUCUUCUCCACCUUCUCAAUUUAUCGAUUCUAUACAGACUCGGUGUAGUUCAUGCGCUGUCUACGAUCUGUGAAUUCAGUAUUACCCAGGAGAACAAGUUCUAUAGUUAUAGCUUGGCUUCCCCUUCCGAAACAUUCCCUCAUGGCGUUCUUAGCGAAGACGGAUAUUACAAGGUGUCAUCUAAUGGAACGGUGGUUUGGUUUCAGGUUGUCUCUAACAGUUAUUAUAUUAUAUUACAUGUUUGCCAUCAGCCAUGCUACUCUAAGCUGACAUCUUAUCUUUCUUCUUUCCUAUGUGGAUUGUGGGGUCAGCUUUGUGAUGGAAUGAUUUUCAACCAUGAUCCCCCGAGAUGUUUUGAUUGCUGGGAUUGUGGGGGAUCAUCUCGAUGUGGGAUGGGGUGCAGUGCGCUUAUGUCCGAGAUUAAAUUAGGUUAUCCCGUAUGCACUGCUAUUGGGCGCACCCAAACCAUCACCACAGAUCUCAUUGAUAAAGAGAAUCCAGAUAUGGGUAUAGUUGUAAAAACGUGGCACCAAGGAUCAGAAAGGAAUUGUUCGCUUUCUGUUUCUGUUAUCUGUGAUUCAAAGCAAGUUCAAGGACCUAAGACACUUGAGAGAGUCGGGGUUUGUAACUUUGUUACACAAAUAACACAUCCAGCUGGCUGUGCCAAUGUUUUGUCCGCCCCUGGCAGUGGAUUGGGAUGGUUUGGCACACUCUUAAUCAUACUUUUGUGUCUUUUUGGAGCUUAUUUUAUAGCUGGAGCUGCUUAUCGUUACUUUUAUCUCGGCAUCCGUGGUAUAGAUAUUAUUCCAAACUUGGAAUUUUGGGCUAGCUUGCCACAUAGAAUUCGGAGUUCAUAUAUGUCAUUGGUUCGAAGAUUUAGAGGCCCAUCUCAAAGUUACAGGAGCUCAUACUCUCCCGUUGACUUUUGACUUUUCAAAUAGUGUUGGAGUUAAUUUAUACACUAACAAAAGCAGUAACAACAACUGUUAAGCUCAAUUUAGAUGCUGAGCUGUGCAAUGCGGUUUUUGCUAUAUCCCAAGUUUUGAAUUCAAGUCCUUAUUUUUUUGUAUCUUUGGGUAUUGUGGUCAUGGUCAGCUGAGAGGAUGCAAUUUAGUGUAAACGAGUCUGAAUUUUUUUUUUAAAUGUUAAUGUAUUAUUAUUCAGGGUGUUUGGAUAUGUAUUUUAGAAUUUAUUAUAUGAUGUUGAAUAAUUGGAAUAAGAUAAUUGUUGCA